CUUGUGUCUGGCUCAAGAGGCAGAGAAUAGCAGACACCUGCCAAGCCCCAGCCUCCUGUCUGGGAACCAGGGGAAGAGAAAUGACUGGGGAAUGAAUAAUCGUGCUCCUACCAGAUGCCAAAAGGAGAAUGCAGCAGGGAGCAUACGGAGCCUGCGGCUGGUGCGGCUGCCGAGCAGGGCCAGGCCGGGCCCUGCCCGCAAGGACGCCCAAGCCCUUCGCCGGCCCCUGUGCCCGAGAGCCCACCAGGCUCUCUUGCUGGACCCACCAUGACUUCAGAGCCCACGUCACCCCCAGUAGUGCCCCCUCUCCACUCCCCCAAGUCUCCUGUCUGGCCCACCUUCCCCUUCCACCGGGAGGGCAGCAGGGUCUGGGAGCGGGGCGGCGUCUCGUCCCGGGACCUGCCCAGUCCUCUGCCCACCAAACGGACCAGGACGUAUUCAGCGACAGCCCGUGCCUCGGCUGGCCCCGUGUUCAAGGGCGUCUGUAAGCAGUUCUCACGCUCACAGGGCCAUGGCUUCAUCACCCCUGAGAAUGGAUCCGAGGACAUCUUUGUGCAUGUGUCUGACAUCGAGGGGGAGUACGUGCCCGUGGAAGGCGACGAGGUGACGUACAAGAUGUGCCCCAUCCCGCCCAAGAACCAGAAGUUCCAGGCUGUGGAGGUGGUGCUCACCCAGUUGGCCCCACAUACUCCCCACGAGACGUGGUCCGGCCAGGUCGUGGGCUCCUAGGCCGGGGGGGCUCACGUGUCAGCUGCCGGGCAGGUGGGGAGCCACACAGGGUAGGCAGGCAGCCGCGGGCUCCAGGCCCCUGCACCUGCCGGGUCCCCCGGGCGGCCUCGGCGUACACGUGUCUGUCUGUGCUUGUGACCGCGAGCACGUGCCUCCAUCCACCCCCCCGUGACCCACGACUGUUGUGUGAGCUGGACCAAAGGUGAGGCCCCCCCGGGCCUGCCUUCUUGUUGUCGGCUCUCUCCUGCCCCUCCCUGCCACAUCCGCACAGGACCCUCUCGCCCUUCUGUCCCCCGAGCCCCUGGGGCCUGCAUCCGGGCCUGGGCCUGGGAGGCAGGGGGCGCCAGUGGGCCCCUCCCCGUGCAAGCGGGUUCCCCUUGCCUCUGCCCCAGGCCCAGCCCAGGGCCAGAUUCUGCUUGUGCUACUUAACACCUCCCACCCUGGGCUUGGGUCUCCCGCGGUGGCCUGGACCCCUUGCCACAGAAGCCAGGCCAGCGAGAGCU